AUGGGGGCUCUGUUUCCGUGGCAAACAGAUUGGGAACCUUCCGGCAUGCAAUUCCCAAUGCUCUGCCCCAGAGAAUUGAUCUCUGUUUUCCUUGUUAUUCCUCUUCUUCUUGUUUCCAAUUUAUCUCCCUGUUCCGCACAAGACUACAUCAUAGGCGACCCCGGAGCAGCUGGCGGAGCAGGCGGCGGAGCAGUCGUCGGAGAUGCUGGCGAUGAUACCAAGGAGAAGCCGGCGGCGGGACCGCCAGAGCAUAACAACUGUAAUGGCAUAUACUUGACCUACAAUUUCAUUUCGCGUGAGAAGGAGCUGCCCCGGUUAAAGAAUGCGACGGCUCAGGCUUGGGCCUUUAAAUCGGAGGCGACAAUUCUGAACUCCGGAUUGACUGAGCUCAAGGGCUGGAAGAUGUUCAUCGGAUUUCACCACCACGAGAUUCUCGUCUCUUGCUGCAAAAAAGAUCCAAAGUUCAAGGAGAAAAAAGCACCCAAGGCCAAGAAAAUCAAAUUUCUGGCUCGGCAAGAUGGAGAUCUCUCACUAACGUACGAUGUGAUGCAAUCUUUUGGAAACAACUAUCUAGCUCAAGUCACAAUCGACAACAACAACCCACUGGGGCGCUUGGAUCACUGGAACUUAACCUGGGAAUGGAUGAAAGGAGAGUUCAUUCAAAGCAUGAGAGGAGCAUACACUCAUACAAGAGACAUAGCUCAAUGCGUCUACGGCCCCGCAGGCCAAUACUAUCAAGAUUUCGACUUCACCGGUGUCAUGAGUUGCGAUAAGAACCCGGUGAUGGCCGAUCUACCAGCGCAACGGAAGGACGAUCCCAAGAUCGGAAAGUUGCCAUAUUGCUGCAGGAAUGGAAGCUUGUUGCCUACCAUGAUGGAUGAAAGCAAAGCAAGGUCUAUUUUUCAGCUACAAGUCUUCAAGCUUCCACCAGACAUGAACCGAACGGCUCUUACUCCACCACAGAAAUGGAAAAUCUCAGGUAUCCUAAAUCCGGAAUACGAAUGUGGUGCUCCAAUCCGAGUCGUACCGACCGAGUUUCCAGACCCAAGCGGGCUUCAAUCAACGAGCACGGCCAUCGCUAGUUGGCAAGUUGUAUGCAACAUUACAAAGCCAAAAGUGAAGCAAUCAAAAUGUUGUGUUUCAUUCUCAGCAUAUUAUAAUGACUCUGUAAUUCCUUGCAAUACGUGUGCUUGUGGGUGUGAAGACACUGAUACUUCUACUUGCAAUCCAAAUGCACGCUCAAUGCUGCUCCCUCCAGAAGCCCUUUUGGUGCCAUUUGAUAACAGGACAAAGAAGGCAAGGGCUUGGGCUAAAAUUAAGCACUACCCAAAUCCAAAGACGAUGCCUUGUCCUGAUAACUGUGGAGUUAGUCUAAAUUGGCAUAUUAACUCCGAUUAUGCCGAUGGAUGGACUGCAAGACUCACACUUUUCAACUGGGAAGAUUACCCAUUUGAGGAUUGGUUCACUGCCGUUCAAUUGGGUAAGGCCGGCCGUGGUUACGAAAAUGUUUACUCCUUCAAUGGAACCAAGCUUCCCAACGUUAAAAAUACCAUCUUUCUCCAAGGCUUGCCUGGCUUGACUUACUUGAUGGGAGAGGUGAAUGGUACCAAUCCCACAUCGGAUCCGAGAAUUCCAGGAAAGCAGCAGUCCGUGAUCUCUUUUAAGAAGAAGGGCCUGCGCGACUUGGACAUACAACGAGGUGAUGGCUUCCCUAUUAAAGUGUUUUUCAACGGCGAGGAAUGUGCGCUUCCAAGGGCAAUUCCUUUGCCCAGUUCAGCCUGCCGCUGUCCCUACGGUGUCAUGCGCCUCGUCUUCAUCUUGGCUCUUACUUUGGCGCUUAUAACAGAUCGCUUCCAUUGAUUCAUAUCAUCAUUGGCUUCCACAAUCUGUUGAUGAUCUUGGAACACAGUUUUGAAUACUUGGAAUAUAUUUUACUUUAAAAUUAUGAACUUGAGCUGAUGGUCAUGACUAUGAUGUGACGAUGAAAUGCAGCUAUCUGUUUGUUUCUAUCAAAAGGGCUCCUGAGUUUCAAUGACAUAUUAUUAUAAAACUUUGUAC